AUGGCGUUAUAUGGGACUUCUAACGCCUUGAUGUGCAGGGCAUUCCCGACGACCCUGAGGGGGCCGGCCCGCGCAUGGUACAGCUGCCUAAAGACCGGGACCAUCACCUCCUUUGACCAACUCGCCAGGGACUUCGAGCUCAACUUCCUGGCCUAUGCCCGACCAAAGCCGUCCUUGGCGUUACUCCUCGGACUCAACCAAAGGGAGGACGAGCCUCUCUCCCAUUUCGUAAACCGCUUUACAACGCAAAUUCGGGGGCUAUCGGACGCUCACCCCUCUCUGUUGAUGCAGGCGUUCAUGAUAGGCCUGCGGCCUUUCAGGUUCUUUUGGUCCCUCGUAGAGCGACCCCCCACGGUGGUGCCCGAGAUGCUGCAGCGGGCAAGCCAGUUCGUUGCCGCAGAAACAUGGAUGGCCGGGAGGCGUGAAGAGCACAAGAAGGUCAGGUCGGAGCAGUCUCGACAGCAAUAG